AUGGCGUCCGUCGCGAAGAAGCGUCGACGCGCGGUGCUUCGUUUCCAACAACGCAGAGUUUUCCUUAGGGAGAGGUUGUGUAAGAAACCUUCGCCGCAGGCGGCACAGCGUGCUGGACGCCGCGCAGCUGAUGAAAAAGCGCAUGAGAAUUCGACCAAGCCCCGCAGUUCUGCACUUACAACAACGUUCGAUGCAAUCAACGAUGCAUUGAACUUGAUCCAGGAAGCGCAGCGUGCGACACAGGUCACGUUGGACGGUGCCGCUUCGGCUGCGCGGGCAGCGAGUCGCGGGUCCGAGCUAGGGUGGCGCGUAGGCACGCGCGGGACAGUGCCUGUGCGUUCGUCUGAGCACGAUGCGCGGGCCAGUUUGGACCCUAUCCAAGCUCUUAUGAAUUCGGAACGCUUUCGUGUGGACCCAUUCAGAGCGUUGACUGAAACGCUACAAACGCGGGACUGA